AUGACAUACAAGAAAGACACGAUGGACGACGAUUACGGUGCAGACGAUGAGCUUCUAGCUGCCAUGGCCGCCGCUGAUCCAGCACCUGUCGCACGACCAACACCGGCAAAGAUCCAGCAGCCAACGCCGCAACGUCUCGACAAGGCGCCCCCUUCUGCCUCAAGCGCAGGAAAAGUCGUGCAGCCAACACCUCAGGCUCUACCACAGAAGCAAUCUGGUUCGACUAUAUUGGUGUCGCCGCGACAGAGAGGAAAUCCCGUUCUUACGAGUAUUCGGUCUAUGCCGUGGGAGUACAGCGAUAUUCCGGCCGACUAUGUCUUGGGUUUGGGCACAUGCGCUCUGUUUUUGAGUCUCAAGUAUCAUCGUCUUCAUCCUGAGUACAUCUACACGCGAAUCCGUAAUCUCCAAGGCAAAUACAACCUGCGCAUCCUCCUGACAAUGGUCGACAUCCCCAACCACGAAGCAUCUCUCAAAGAACUCUCCAAAACUUCCUUAAUCAACAACGUAACCCUGAUUCUAUGCUGGUCUGCCGCCGAAGCCGCGCGCUAUAUCGAACUCUACAAAAGUUACGAGAACGCCACCUUCGGCGCUAUCAAAGGCCAGCAACCGUCCAGUUAUGGUGAGAAGCUGGUUGAAUUCGUUACUGUGCCGAGAAGUUUGAAUAAAUCGGAUGCUGUUGCUGUGGUAAGCAAUUUUGGAAGUUUGAGAAAUGCCAUAAAUGCAGAUGCAGAGCAGCUGGGUAUGCUUAAUGGAUGGGGAGGUAUCAAGGUUAAGAAGUGGGUUAAUGCAGUUGAUGAGCCUUUCCGAGUAAAGAAAGCUGCGAAAAGAGGUGCAAAGGCUUCCGAAAGGACGGCGAGACUUGAUCAAGCUCUGCCUCUUUCUCGAGUGCCUCUAAGAGACAUGCCGGCAGCUACAGCAGCGGUCGCAUCAUCUUCGCGACAACCUCCUGCAGGAGAAACGUCUUCUGAGAAACCGAACAAUGAAGCGCCGAAGCAGUUCCAAUUUAUGGACGACACUGAUGAUGAAGACGAUGAAGAAGCGAUGCUUGCUGCUGCUAUUGAAGCAUCGAAGAAGACUGCCCAAACAGAAGAGGCCAGUCGUACGAGCCAGGCGGAUAAAGAUGAGCAGCUUAGUGGAGGUAUUGCUGCUGCUCUGGCGAAAUUGAGAGACAAAGACUAG